GGAAGCGCAGCCGGGCUCGGGUGCUCGGGCUGCCGCCGCGGCUGCACGACUGGUGCAGCUGAGCGAGCUCGCGCGGGCUCUUCCACCGCCGCCUCCGCUGCUGCCCACCCCGCCGCGCCGCCGUCGCUGCCGGUCUUGCAGGAGGCCACCGGGGAGGGGCGACCGAGAGAGCUGAGCACGAGGAGGCGGAGGCGGCGGAGAAGUGAUGCUGGCGCCGGGGAUCCGGGCAAAGGCAGCGGAGCAGCAGCAUCUUCGGGACCCUGGCUGCAGCGUCCCUGUGGCCCGUGGGCCAGUCCAGCCGCCAAAGACCACGCGCCGGGCGGUUCUGUUAGAGACACUUCAAGAAUUGCUCAAUCCAGGAGUGAAGGGAUUCUGUGAACACAUGGACUCUUUACCCUGAGAGGAGUGCAGAAGUUUUCAUCAGAAGUGCUGGGGAUCAAACCCAGGGCCUUGUGCUUUCAAGGCAAACACUCUACCAACUGAGCUAUCUUCCCAGCCCAGGACCCUGGUUUUGAGACAAGGAGUACCUCCUGGGAGGAAAUGCCACUCAGAAAUUUUGGAUGAGAAGGCAUAUAUCCUAUUGUGGACUCUACUGCCUAUGACCUUCUUGAAGCCAGGAAGAUUGCCUGAGAGUUAAGAGGAAGAUUUAUGACACAUGGUAACUUCCGGCCAGUUUGGAAGAAAGUAGACUGAAUACAGAGAUGCUAGACUGCUGCUAAGGCCCACGGACAAUCCCCAACUCACUCUUCUCUAUGAGACUUAAAGAUUUAUUAAUAAUAUGCUGCCUCUGCAAAACAAAAAGAGCCUAGUGCCAAGAAGGUGUAUUCUUCAGUAUUUGGAGUAGACGUGCUCUCAAGACAAUGGCUUCGAAGGUCUCCUGCUUAUAUGUUUUGACCGUCGUGUGCUGGGCCAGCGCUCUCUGGUACUUGAGUGUGACUCGUCCUACUUCAUCCUACACUGGCUCCAAGCCAUUCAGCCACCUAACAGUUGCCAGGAAGAACUUUACAUUUGGCAACAUAAGAACUCGACCUAUAAACCCACAUUCUUUUGAAUUUCUAAUAAAUGAGCCCAACAAAUGUGAGAAAAACAUUCCUUUUCUUGUUAUCCUCAUCAGUACAACCCACAAGGAAUUCGAUGCCCGCCAGGCAAUCCGGGAGACAUGGGGGGAUGAGAACAACUUUAAAGGGAUCAAGAUAGCUACCCUCUUCCUUCUGGGCAAGAACGCAGACCCUGUUCUGAAUCAGAUGGUGGAGCAGGAGAGCCAGAUCUUCCAUGACAUCAUCGUGGAGGACUUCAUUGACUCCUACCAUAAUCUGACCCUCAAAACUUUAAUGGGGAUGAGAUGGGUAGCCACUUUCUGUUCAAAAGCCAAGUAUGUCAUGAAAACAGACAGUGACAUUUUUGUAAACAUGGACAACCUUAUUUAUAAACUCCUGAAACCCUCCACCAAGCCAAGAAGAAGGUAUUUUACUGGCUAUGUUAUCAACGGAGGGCCCAUCCGGGAUGUCCGCAGUAAAUGGUACAUGCCCAGGGAUUUGUACCCUGAUAGCAACUACCCACCAUUCUGUUCUGGGACUGGCUACAUCUUUUCAGCUGAUGUGGCUGAACUCAUUUACAAGACCUCACUGCACACAAGGCUGCUUCACCUCGAAGAUGUAUAUGUGGGACUGUGUCUUCGCAAACUAGGCAUACAUCCUUUCCAGAACAGUGGCUUCAAUCACUGGAAAAUGGCCUACAGUUUGUGUCGGUAUCGCCGUGUUAUCACUGUGCAUCAGAUCUCUCCAGAAGAAAUGCACAGAAUCUGGAAUGACAUGUCAAGCAAGAAACACCUCAGAUGUUAGAAUUUUUACCCAUGUAAAUAUGUUUCUUUUCUUUUUUAAGAAAUGGGGAGUAAGGUGUUGGUAUUUUACAAGUGUCACCAGGGGAAAUGAACCGGUGAAGGGGUUUUGUACAGAUUUUGCCUCCCACUCCUAGCUCCUUCUUGGAUUACCAAUUCACAAAUGCUAAACUUUGGUCUUAGAAACAAUAAAUGAGUUAGAAGGAUCAGAUUUCAUUCUCAGGUCCUAAGACAUGCCAUUUAUCUCAAAAAGUGACUUCCAAACAACUCCUAGGAUUUAUGCGCUGUGCAUCUGAGAUCAAAAUUUGGUUCUGGGAAACUGAAACUCACAGUAAUAUCUUCAUAUCAUCUCCGCAAAUAAAUAAGUAAAUAACUUUUUCAAAAACAAUUCAGAAAUGAUGCACAGUCAGGAAGACACACUGGAUGUGAUUAUUAAUACUGUGUGUGUUACUGUUACAUUGAAUUUUUACAUAUGUUGCCAUGUAAUGUGUACCGUAUUCGUGGUUCCAAUACUGGCAGGGAGGCUGCAGUGAAAUGGAUGGGAAUUUAAACUUGAGAAUCAAACAGUCCGUGUGUUUGAAAGACAACUCUGCUUGCUCAUCCGAGGAUUAAACCUGGUCAGCAGGUAGAAUGUGUAUAAAAUGCAACUUAAAGUAAACAAAAAAAAAUUUUUUUUUGCUCUUUUGGAACAUUACAUGGUGCCUCCAAGGAGACUUUGCCAAAUGUAAUAAUCUCGCCUGCUUCCUUCUGCAUAAUGCUGCUAAGUGCAUUUCAGUUUCUGCAUCAGGAAAGCACAUGUCUCCAUAUGUAGAAAACAAGCUGGUAGGAAGCCAGAGAACAAUGAAUCGCAUUGAGAAAAUAUGAAUUUAGGUAUACAUUAUAAUUAACAUAAGCUUAGUAAUAGUAUAAGAUGCCCUUCCCACACAUUUGCAAGCUCAUGAGAAAAUCUUUAACAGGUACCAUAUUAUUGAAAGAUUUGGCCCUACUGUUGAUAGAAGUGAUAGUAACACUAGAAACAUCCAAGUACCCUUUAGCAGCAAAGCUGUUAUAAGGUGUUCUCGGGGCUAUAUGAUUGAGUACCAUAGGAAGGAAGGGUGGGGAAGCCUGGGUUCAGAUUUUAUUGAUGCCACCAAACCACAUGAGCAGGCCUCUUAACCUUGCUGUACUUCAAUAUGCUCACUUGUACAAUGGCUGUUAAAAAACACCUACCUCACAGGUGCUGUGAGAGCAAAUUGCAUUUGCUAAGAUUUUUGAGAUCCUUAGUUUAAAAGGUGCUACAUAAUGCAAUGUAUUAUGCAUUAUGCCAAAUGCUAAAAUGAUUACAACAACUAUAAUGAUGGUCAUCAGUAGUAAUACAUCAUCUUAAUAUAAAAUCUAUCAAAAUAAAGAUUAACUAUGAACUAUCAGUGUUCUUAAUUCUUCCAAGGCUUUGACUUUUCCUUGGCUAUAACUUAAUUGUUUGGUGAAACUUCGAUUUCUUUGCCAUCUCUUCUGUUUUCAAUGAGUAAGCUACCUUUUCCAUGUGUUUCCUUGCUAACCCCAGGAGCUGUAGGUGAGGGCUUCGGUCUUUCUUAGGGGGAAGCAUUGGCUGGGAGUCUAUUACAGUAAGUGAAGCAUACACUUGCAGAAUGCAUCAUGGCAACUUAGAUCUCAGGAAACGUUUCGCUUGAAUUAUCUUCAAGAACUUUGAGGACAGAUAGAGUUACUUCUAUCAGAAGAAUAGGCACUCAGCAAACCUACACAUUGUAGGUCUCCCAUUCAUUAGAAAACUCAUUGUUCUCAAAGGAAGUCCCCAGCUGAAAAAGUACACCUUUUAAUUUAUUUAUUAUUUUUUAAGCUGACCCUUGGAAGCCCCCAUAGAAGUUGAUGGCAAACAGGCAAAUAAAAUGAACAAAUAGAAGUCAAGGCCUAUUUCUUGAAGACACUGGAUCUCUCAUCUCCAGCCCCCAAAUUCCAAAUUUAAGACAGAAUUUCCUGUCCCUUAACACAUCUCAUUUCUGGUCAACAAGACUGAUGAUUUUGAUUACAGAACAAAGUUAGUGACCUUGGGAGAUAUGGAGCAGCACAAGGUGAGCCUCCCACCCUGUAGCAUCAACUGCUGUGAGCUCCAGUUACUGGGGAAGUCUCAUUCUUGGCUCACCUCCCAACCAUGCAGCUGAAUCAAGUCCGCAUCUCAUACUACUGCCUUGCAUCUACCCCAUGCUCAGCCAAGCCACCUUUGGUGUCAAGGAAUUGCACAUUAUAAACAUCAUAUAUGUACAUCUAUGAAUUAUUUUAUAUAGGUGUGUAUAGAGUAAGAAUAGAGCCCUAAUCUUGAAAAGGAGCAAAAAUCAGAAAAUUCUAUGUCUUAAAAAACUAUCUCCUAACUUUUUUAAGCUAGGUAGUGCCCAUGUGACAAAUAUGUAAAUAUUCAUCAAAGACCACAUGUAUAUAUUUUAAAGUCAUUCUUUUAUUCUCCCCAACUGUAUGUACAGCUAGAAUCUGCCUGCUAUGUAACAUUUUCUUCUGCAUGGAGCUCGGUAAGGCAGGGCCAUUUGUCCAGUAUUUCAAUAGCCUUAAGCAUGUUUGCCCUUUUGUUUUUGAAUGUUCAAAAAAAUGUUUAAGUGAUCAAGGAAAAGCUCUAACUUUCUGCUUUUGUUAGUUUUAUGACAUGACACUGGCCAAAUUGUCACAAUUAUUUGUGAAGCCAUUAUUAUUAUUUCCCUAUUAUUAUAUUUCAUAAUAAUGGCAGUAUUCGGGGGCCAGGGAUGUAACUCAGUGGGAGACCUCUUGCCAACCAUGUAUAAGGCCCUGGGUUCCAUCCCCAGCAUUGCAAAGACAUAAAUAAGUAAUGAUAGUUUCCACAAAGAGUCAGUCAGACAAUUUUUACAAAACCGUCCCUUCACCUAUUUUUUCAUUAUGCACUCGAGAACAAUGGGUACCAAUUAUCAAUGUCUAUGUUCUUAAAGGUUUUUUUUUUUCAAAUUUAUUUUGUGAAAAAAAGUUUUAUCUUUGGUGGCUAGUUUGCGUGGCUUUGUGUCUUCUUAUAUUGGAGCAGUUUCAAUACACAAUGUUUGAAAUAACCAGAAUCAAAAAAAGAAGAUCAUUUUCAAUUUGGAAUAAAUUCAGAAGAACAAAACCCCUUGUGUGAUACGAUAUGGGGAAAAUAAACUCUUUACAGAGAAGCCAAGGAAGGAGUUUUUCAAUCAAAUUUCUUCUAUCAAAAGACAAUGAAAUAUUUACGUACAGCAUCUGGGAUAUUUUCUACCUUUCCUAAUAUGUGGGUUCAGUGGGGGAAUUGAUUAUGUCAUUUCUUCUGUAAAGGUGAAGAUAGUUUUUAUAAGCAACAAAGUAACUUGUGAAUGAAAGAAGUAAUUUACUAGAAACGCUUGUUGAUAAUUGACAUUUAGGUAUAUCGUUAUAUAUGAAUGAUUGUAUUUAUGUAUUUAUUUGUUCAAAUUGUACAUAUGAUUUUGCCAAAAGUAAUUGUCUGUAAAAGUGCACUCUCCGGGUUUGUAGUACUAUUUAGGGUUACAUGGGUUGCCAAUCAAGCUGCUAAUCAGAAUACUAUUUUUUUGUAUCUGUUAUAAAACUAAAAAUGACGAAUAGAUGCUGAAGAUGUCUUUACAUUCAGUUUCUUCACCUUCCUCUUGAAAUGUAAACUGUUAAUUGAAAGCACGAUGCUAAUGUACAGGCCCAUCUGUCCUGAGGAAGAGUACAGUUCCAUAAAGCUGAUUUUUUAAACCAUUGAGGUAAAUAAACGGAAGGAGAACAUAA